CCAGCUAUGCUACUCUGUAUUCGCUCAUACUUUCCUUAAAGACUCAUUUUCUUUUUAAAUAAAAGCAAAAUCCACCAAGAUAUUCUCUCUAAUUACUUUCCUUUGAUGACUGAUGUUAUUCUCGUUAUUAAAUGUCAAAUAUAUAGAAAGAAGAAUGUGAUGGUCUCUCUUUCUCUCUCGAUGAGUAUUUUUUAUGUAGUUUGAGGCCUUGAAGAGAUUGGGAAAUGGAUGGUUCCCGUUCCUCUAUGGUUAAUGGAGAUGGUGUGGAAAGAAGAAAGGAUGGAGGUUGCAGUUCUUCCCUUGUUUCUUCGCAGCACAAGCGGUCUAAGAGUGCUUCUGAUAGGAACUUGGAUUCUGCAAAACAAGGAGUCCUGCAUUCUACGGGAAAGGAUCGAAAUGUUUCUCAGAAGUUGCAAAAUCUAAUGAGGCAGAAUGGAGCAGAAACUCUUGCCCAUCAUAAUUCUAGCGAUGCUAUCAAUGAAGUUUCAUCGAACCCUCGAGCUUCUUUGGAGAAUGAUAUCGAGCAGCUACAAAUGCGUUUACAACAGGAGAAAUCCAUGCGCAUUAUGCUUGAAAGAGCCAUGGGUCGAGCUUCCAGCACUCUAUCUCCAGGGCACAGACAUUUUGCUGCUCAGACAAGAGAACUUAUAGCGGAGAUUGAAUUACUUGAAGAAGAGGUCGCAAACCGUGAACAGCAUGUACUUUCUCUCUACAGAAGUAUUUUUGAACAGUGUCUUAGUGGGGCUCCAUCGCAGCAAAGUUCUGUCGUAACUUCUCCUGCCCACACAAAGAAUGAAGUAAGAAAACACCCAAGCAUAAUCUCGAGUGCGUUUUGCUCCUCAAAGAAGUUCCCUCUGCAACCUUUCCAGGUUCUAUCUUCUGGAAAGGAUUCCGGAAAAAAGAAGGCAUCGUUGCAGUCAAAGACCAAGCACGCAUCCUUGUUGGGUGGAAAAAGUAACAUCCACAUCGACGGAAAUUGUUUGGAUCCUAUGAAGUUUCAUGGAAAAGCACCAUCUGCAGAGAAGAGUUCUUUGGCAUGUACGUUGAAAGAUCAUCUCUACCAGUGCCCCAGCAAGUUAUCUGAGGAGUUGGUCAGAUGCAUGGCUGCAAUUUAUUGCUGGGUACGUAGCGCAGCAUCUACAAAGCCUGACAAAGGCCAUUCACCUCUAUUGUCCAGAUCAUCUACGAAUGUAGUCCAGCCUCGGCGCAGCAUCGGAGAUGACCACGAUUGGUCUUGCAGAUCAGUACUCGAAAUAUCUUCGAUAUCAACGGAUAGGAACCAGUACUCCCGUGCGUCAUAUGCCAUUAGCAACUAUAGAUUGCUACAUUUUGUCAAUUUCAGGAUUUUGGUGGAGCAAUUGGAAAGAGUGAGUGCGGGUCAGAUGGAGGAUGAUGCGAAAGUGGCAUUUUGGAUCAAUGUGUACAAUUCGCUUGUUAUGCAUGCUUAUUUGGCAUAUGGGAUCCCAAACAGCUCUCUAAGAAGGAUGGCAUUGUUUCACAAGGCCGCUUACAACAUCGGAGGCCAUGUCAUAAGUGCCAAUUCCAUUGAGCAUUCCAUAUUGUGCUGCCGUACACCCCGAACUGGCCGUUGGUACGAAACCAUCCUUUCAACCGCCAUGAGGAAGAAAUCUGGAGAAGAAAAACAACUCAUCGGUUUAGGAUUCGGACUCUCGAAAUCCCAACCCUUUGUUUGCUUUGCACUCUGCAGCGGCACUUCCUCCGAUCCCAUGCUAAGGGUCUACACUUCCACAAACAUCAAAGAGGAAUUGGAAACAGCGAAGAGGGAUUACCUUCAAGGUAAUGUGGUGGUACAUAAGUCGCGAAAAGUGUUUCUUCCCAAGAUUCUUGAGAGAUUUUCAAAGGAUGCAUCCAUUAGCUUGGAAAACCUCCUUUCAUGGGUGUCCAAAAGCGUUGAUAGGAAGCUCCAAGAGGCUAUCCAGAAGUGCAUCGAAUCCAAGUCCAAGGGAAAGGCGUCGCAUAUCAUGGAAUGGCUACCGUAUGAUACAAGAUUCCGGUACGUCUUUGCAAGCGAAUUGACGGAAAAACCAUGGUGGGUAUGAAUUCCUUCAGUUAUCUUUCUUAAGUUCGAUGAAGGUGGCGAACCGUGUUCGAACAUCACAGAAUGAUCUAAUGCACAUCUCAUUGUAUAGUGUCCAAACAGUCAUUUGUUAGUGCAAUGUACAACAUACGUACCACGGGGCAGGUGGGCCAUUGAGGAUGUUUGUGAUGAUGGGCCAUGACAAAAUUCAAAAUGUGAAUAUGAUUAUAUCCACAUUCUGAAUGAAAUAUAUAUUUAAAUUGAUUUGAAUAUCUA